ACUCGCCUGUAAACACAACGUGACUUCACUUCAGGGAAACUUCAGCUGAUUUGACUCUGAAGCAUUUGAAUAGAAUCACAGCUCUGACUCGAUCGUUAGCUACAACAGAGCUAACAGGCUAAUCGAGCUUUUCCUCUGGUGGUGAUUCCGCUCAUUCGGGGGGAAUGGAGAAGGCUAAACAAGAUGCGUUCGACAGUGCCCGGCUCCAAGUGAUCAAAGACGGCUACGAGAGAGCCUUCGAGAGCAUCAACGAGGGACUGACGGUGGACGAGGCCGGGGACAAGGCCCGGGCGCUGGAGCUCUACAAGCGGGGGCGGCAGCACCUCCUCCGGGCCAUCAGCGUCCCCUCGGGGGGGGAGGAGUGUGCCGGCGGCUCCUGGGAAUCCGCCAGGCAGAUGCAGCAGAAGAUGAAGGAGACGCUGAACAACAUCACGACCCGUCUGGCCAUACUGGAGACCAGCUCUGACCUGGCAUCCGCCCCCCUGCUGAGCGCCACCGCCGAGUCUGACCCUGAAGGCCUCUACCCAGAUCUCCCAACCAAAGACAAGCCAGAGAGGCCAGCUCCACCAAAUGUACUUUCAGCUAAUGGUGAUUCAGCAGGAGCUGUGGGAGGGAAGCCUGGGUGCAGUGGUGCAGGCCUCCCUCUCUCCCCCAGCAAGCAGCCAGUGGGGCCGGCCGAGCAGCCUCCAGCUUACUCCCCCCAGGCGGCCGAUGGCCACCUGUCCAUCUCUUAUGGAACGGAUGAAGGGGAGAUGUCGGUGGUCGGGGAUGAGUUCUACAGUCGCACCUCCAACACCACGCCGUCCCCCCAGAGCGUGGGCGAGGAGGGGGAGGAGCUGUUGUACAUCCCUCACGGGGUGCAGAUAUUCUUUGUGACACCCGAAGGUCAAGUGAGCGCUCCGUCGUACCCGGGCUACCUGCGGCUGGUCAAGUUUACUGGGGAUCACUCCGACAGCACGCCAAACCGCCCACCCGCCUUUCUGCAGGUGUGCGACUGGCUGUACCCACUCAUGGCCGUGGACUCUCCAGUGCUGCUGUGUAACACUGGGGUGUUUAUGUUUCCGGACAUGAUGGCACCAGCUCCAGGUUACUACGUCGGGGUGGUGCUGUCCUCUGAGCUGCCUUCUUCAAACAGACAACUGUUCCAGGACCUGCUGUCCCAGAUGACAGAUCUCAGGGUCCAGGAUCCAGAUGAAGCAGCAGACGCCAUCAAUCUCAGUCAGAAAGUGCCCAUAGUCACACCUGAGGAGACUGCACCGGCUGAGACAGAUGAGGAAAAACCUUUGCCCGAGUGGAGUGAAAAAGUGGCAAGUGGGAUCCUGACCGGUGCGUCCUGGUUAAGCUGGGGUCUGGUGAAAGGAGCCGAGUACACGGGCAAGGCCAUCCACAAAGGGGCGUCCAAACUCCGAGAACACAUCACUCCAGAGGACAAACCCACCCACGUCAGCCCCACGGUCACCAAGGGCCUCCAUGUUGCCAAGCAGGCGACGGGUGGAGCGGUCAAAGUCAGCCAGUUUCUAGUGGACGGGGUGUGUACCGUCGCCGGCUGCGUGGGGCGAGAGCUGGCGCCGCAUGUGAAGAAACACGGAGGAAAGCUGAUCCCGGAGUCUAUGAAGAAGGACAAGGAUGGGCGCUCCAACAUAGACGGAGCUAUGGUGGUGGCGGCCAGUGGAGUGCAAGGAUUUGCAACCAUGUGGACUGGUUUAGAAGUGGCAGCAAAGAACAUCACCGUCAGUGUUGCAUCAGAAACGGUCACAACAGUCAAGCACAAAUUUAGGGGUCUACAAAACGCCUUUGAAACACCUAAUGAGAAGAAGUACGGGGCGGCAGCGGGUCAAGCCACGGACAGCGCUGUCAACUCGGCCAUUAACGUGGGCCUCACUGCCUUCAACAUCGACAACCUGGGGAUCAAAGCUGUGGUGAAAAGGACUGGGAAGCAAACGGCAAAGGCCAUUUUGGAAGACUACAAGCUUCAGGAAAAACCAGAGAACGAGAAGCAACUGGAGAAAAUGCACAAAUAGCCGACAGUGCCCGUCGUCGUUCCCCCAGCAACGCCUUAAACAACGUUUUUAUUCUUCUACCAAAGGAAUUUAUAUUUAAUAUGUUUGAUUAUAAAACACAUGUAGAAGACAACUACUGUUAUAUUCAUAUCCUCUUUAUCCUUUGGUACAACUCUUGAGCACUUUAAGUUUUAUGCAAAACAAGGUAGAUGGACCUAAAUGUGGAGAAACUGAAGGUUGGAUAACCCAAAUUAAACCAAUAUCUAUAUAUAUUUAUAUUAUAUACACAAUAUAAUAUCAGGUAUAAAAUAACACUGCGGUUUGUACUCGGAACUUGUUGAGUGGUUUUUGACUAAAUACUGGAAUCUCUCUUUAAUCUUUAAGACACAUCUGUGUGCGAGUUGGUAGGGUAAGUGCAAUUUGAAUUUAAAAAGAAAAAGACCGAAAAUGACUUGCUUUAUGUUAUUAUAUUAAUAUAAUAUGAUUAUAAUUUAUAUCUAUAGAUGUAUAGAUAUAAUUAAUAUAUAACUGUUUCAGAUCAAAAGCCGUUGCUAAAGUGAUGUUUUUCCCCUAAGAUGAGUAGUAACCACUGCUGCUGACUGUGCCUGCAAGUAUUUAACAAAAUGUGAAAUUGACUGUUUUGCGAAAAAGAUGCUGUCAAACUUGUCCGGAGUCUAUAAUGUAUUUUUGUGAAACCUUUAAUAUGUAGCAGGAGCUGUUGCUGUCUAAAGCUGUAAAACGGAUGAGUUCCUAUUCA